AUGGUGGAUAAGAAGAAGGAGGAGCGAAGCUUGGCGUCAAUAUCAAAUAGCAUGUUCGCUGCUCAACAACAUCAUCCGCCACACAUUCAACCACCGUACGGAUAUGCAAAUCAAAUGCAGCAAUAUUGGUAUCCGCCAAUGUAUAUGCCACCAUCUCAAUAUCCUUAUCCGUCAGCAAAUUAUCAACAUCAGCUACCACAUUAUCAAUAUCCACCCAUGGGUGGACCACAAAGUGUCUCUGUGCCGCCAUAUUUACCGGCGCCCAAUUCACAACAACCACCAAAAAAUCGUCGCACUGAAACUGUUACAACAAACAGUUUGGAGAAAUCUGCAAGAGCUGAAGCAAGUAACAAGUCCGAUCUGCCUAAAGAUGAAGCACACAAAAUUGCUCGCCGUAAGAUAAUUGAUUCGAUGAAGAAUUUAUACAGUUCGUCAUCGGAAGAUGAACCCCAACUAUCACCAGAUCCACCAUCAUUUGAAAUGACAGAUAUUGAAGAUAAUAAUGAAGCACAGACGAACCUUGAAGCAAGUGGAAGCAAUUUGCCGCAUACAAUUGCACCAGAUGCAAAAAAGCGUAAGCACAGUUCACCUGGUGAAGUCGUUCCAGCCAAGCACUUAAAGAUGUCAACGAAAACUAAUCGGAAGAAUCUCAAAACAUCCGAAGAUGGGGGUGCGGGUCAACAGACAUCAUCCGUCAAUC